AUGGCUGAAGUGGAAGUCCGCCAUUCAGCGAAGAAAAUACACAAGAAGAAAACUGCGGCGGUGUCUGACUACGAACAUCCGGCGCCGGUUAUGGACACGAUGGCCUCCGCUGAUUUCAUGACCAAGCCUCAGAUCGACACUACGUCUAUUGUAAAGUCUCUGCACGGAAAUAUUCCUCGAGAGUGGAUGAGGAAUUUGGUUUUGCCGAGUGAUGGGGAUUCUGCGGCUGCAACCCUUGCUGCUGCGGCACGGGAAAAGAAGAAGAAAAUUGAGGAAGGAGAGGAAGAUCGCAAGCGCAAAUUGACUGAGAGAGAUGAUAUCCCUUCUCAGGGUCCUGAUGAGAAGGCUAAAAAUGAGUUUAAAGAAGUGGGAAAAGAAGAAAAGAUGAAGGUCAAGCAGUUGGAGGAAGAUGUAGCGGAAGGGAUUGAAGUUGAGAAGAAAAAGAAGAAUAGAGGGGAUGCUAAUGAGGGAAGGUUAGAGGUGGGGGAAACGGAGAAAGUAAAGAUAUGGGAGCGGAAAGAUGAGGACAGGACUGAUUCUCAUGAGAUUGGGAAGUCAGAGAAGAAGAAGAAGAAGAAAAUGAAGAAGGGAGGGGAUGCAGAUGAGGGAAUAUUAGAGGUAGAGGGAACUGAGAAGGGAAAGAAAACAGAGCAGAAAGAUGAGGAAAGUGAUGAUUCUCCUGAUAUUGGGAAGUCAGAGAAGAAGAAGAAGAAACUGGAAAAUGAAGGGAAUGCUGACGAAGGAAUAUUAGAAGUGGAGGAAACUGGGAAGGAAAAGAAAACAAAGCAGAAAGAUGGGGAAAGUGAUGAUUCUCCUGAUAUUGGAAAGUCAGAGAAGAAGAAAAAGAAGAAGAAGAAGAAGGAAUUGGAAAAUGAAGGGAAUGCUGAUAAGGGAAUAUUAGAGGUGGAGGAAACCGAGAAGGGAAAGGAAACAGAGUUGAGAUAUAAUCCUGGUAUUGGGAAGUCAGAGACGAAUAAGAAGAAGAAGAAGAAGAAGAAAACGAAGAAUGAAGCGGAUACUGAUGAGGGAAUAUUAGAGGCUGAGGCAACUGAUAUGAGAAAGGAAACAGAGCUGAAAGAUAAGAACAGAGAUGAAUCUUCUGAUAUUGGGAAGUCAGAGAAGAAGAAAAAGAAGAGGAAGCACAAAGAAGUAGAGGAAAUUUAUGAUGUAGGUGAAGCUGAUAAAAUUGUGAAGAAAGAGAAUGUGAAUGAGGUGCUUACAGUUGUUGAGAAUGGUAAUAAUGGGGAGGAGGAUCGAAGCGAGAAGAAGAAGAAAAGAAAGAAGGAGGAGGAGGAAACUGAAAAGGUAAGGGAAACGGAGCAUAAAGAUAAGGACGGCAAUGAUUCUCCGGAUAUUGGGAAGUUGGAGAAGAAGAGGAAGAGGAAGAAGUACAAAGAAAUUGAGGAAAUUGAUAAUGGAGGUGAGGCUGAUAAAAUUGAGAAGAAAGAGGAAGUGCAUGAGGAGCAUAUAACUGUUGAGCAUGGUAAUGAUGAUAGAAGCGAGAAGAAGAAGGAUAAGAAGAAGAAGAAAAACAAGGACAAGGAUGCAUAG